AUUUUUAAAAUAUAUCGCUCCAAAUACAAAAUUUUAUUUUUUUAAAAUAUAAACAUUUCUAAGAUCUACAGAUAGACUGGGCUAGGGUCGCGUAUUGCGCGACCAGACAUCACUAGUGAUAAUAGAUAUAGAUUGUAGGAUUUUUUUUUUAGCUGUGCCAAUUAAAUUUGAAAAAAUCCUAAAAACUCAGAAAUUGGGAAAAUGCACAUAUCUUAAACUAAGAGAUAUAAAUUUGAAGAAAAUGCACAAAUGGGGGCGCAAAUAAUGUAGGAGCAUGUACUAAGAAAUUAAAUAAGGCAUCACUCGGACCAGGCCCAAACCCAAUGAGAUAGCACAUAUCUUCAGUAGAAUUGCAUUUCUCCUUCAUCUGGAUAAGAAAAAGUUGAUUUCUAGCAUAUCAUUCUGCUGUCCAGAAACAGAAGCAAAUCUACUCAAUGGGGAGCAACCAAACUAAUUAGACAAGAAACUGCUUCCCGAAAAAAGAUCAGAAUCGGGCUGAGAGGCCAGCAUUCAACGAGAGAGGAACCAACAUCAGCGCAGCUCUAUCCGCCAUGGUUGUGGUGUCCUCUCUCCAAACUAAUCUACACUCCUCCGCCUGGUGCUCCCACCAUUCCUGCAAGAAUCCCUCAUCUUCUUCUCUUCUUUACUUGCGCCAUCUCUACGGAAUCCCCACCAGGCCCGGAGCUCCAAGUUGCAAUGGGGUCUUACUCGUUCGAGCUUACAUGGAAGAAAGCAACACUUUCUCCGGUUUUGCUAAUAAAGUCAUUGGUUCCCUCCCUGUCAUAGGCCUCGUGGCCAGAAUUAUCAGCGAUGAAGGAGGCGUUGGCGGUGAUUUAAUCGAUUUCGCCGAGUUUAGGAGGAGGGUUGGGAAGAAAUGCUCCAUUAAUGAUUCCAGAGCUUUCUAUGAAUUUCAGGAACGACAUGGGCAGUCAGGGGACCCCUUACAUGUGUUGCUAUGCUGUUGGUUAGCUGCUGUGGGUGCUGGCCUCCUCAAAUCAGAGGAGAUUUUGGAAGGAGUAGCUAGGCUUCGGUUAUCCAAUGAUAUUGAAUUCGAAGAGGAAACUUUUCUGGCGAUGAUGAGCGAAGCAAAAGAGCGACGUUCAAGAUUAAGAGGUUCUGCCCCCUCCAUCCCAAUGGAAGUUCGAGUUGAGAAAGCACUUGAAGCUAUUUAUGUCUGCUGUUUUGGUACGGAUCCGGUAGAAGAAGAAGAUGAAAGAUUGCUGCCUGUCAUGCUCAAUUCUGUGUUUCCCACUGUAGGUCUACCAGUCAUUGAAAGGAUUGUAAAAGAGAAGAUACAGACUUUAGGAGAAGGAAAUGAACUAGCAAAGUUUGCAGAGGCUAAAACCUUGCCAAAAGAAGCUGUGCAAAUGCAGUUGAAGGACUUGGAGUUUCUCAAGCAGAUGGAUGAGACACCAUAAACAUUUCUUCUACUGUGAUGGAAAGACUUAGACCCGAGAGUGUAUUGCCACUAAGAGGUAAAAAAUGUGUUUUUAAGGAACAAGUGUGGGUAGGCUUGAAGUUGAGUUGUGAUAAGAAUUUUGGACUAUGAAUGAUGCUUUAUGCAUGGUACAUCACUCUGAUAGUUAAAAUUAUAGCCAUCAACCUUAACCCCCUUAAGUUGUCAAAUUUCUUUCUACAAGUCCCAAUGCAAAUCGAUGCAUCCAACUAGAAGACCAAGGGUAUCUGUUCUAUCAUGAACAUAAGAGCUGUAACUUGAUUUUCUCCCUGGAGAACACAUGAAUAGAAGCAUAAUUUACUGAUGCAACCUUCCGUAAACAGAAACAUCAUUUAACUUUUCAAAAAACUAUUCUUUGUGCUGAGCCAGCAGGAGGAAAAUGAAUUAAAACUUUUAAUCAAGCAUAACCUAAAACCAUAUACAUUACCCACCUUUGAUGCCAAAACCCAGAAUUCUAACAAGGCAAUGUAACUACAUAAGUUAAUUAGUCAGAGCCUGCUGGAGAACCAGCUGAAGAUUGCAUGUCAAACUGAAAUAUCUCACAAUUGGAGGCAGAAUGUAUAGAUCACAAACAGACCUCCUAGUAUGAAGUGAAUUGAAUUCCCAGUUAACAAAGGAGAAUAUUAUUGUUGAGGCCAAGGAAAGCAAAAGAUUGGAAGCAGCUUUCAUUGGCUACAAUUCUGUGUGUGUUUGAGCUGAAUGGGGUCCUGCUAUAGUGGGGUGGCGAAUCCU